AUGGCUGUCUGUGACGUUCAGUCGCCAGGUGCCUUCGACGAAUCGUUGACUCUCGACUGCUUCAUUUUUCCCCACCCUCUUGUAUCUUCUGUUAUAAGCAUCCGUCUCGUUUUAUUUCAGAACGCGGAAGAAAACACGCUACCAGGCGAGUUCACAGAAACUGUUGAGGAACUCUCUUGUCUACCCGAAGCAGAGGCUGAAACUACUUUGUGUGCAGACACCCGCUCCCAGUCCCCUGUGAGAAUAAUUGAAAUUGACACCCGACUUUGUGAACAGUCGGUUGCCCCUCGCGAAGACAUAGUCGAAGAAACCAUCCUCCCUACAGAAGUCGCUGUGAUGGCAUCGGUCCCCGACAGCACUGUCAAGGGCCUGGCCGGUCUUUCUAUGUCUGACAAUCCCGAAACAGAUACAGCUGAAACUGUCAACCAUGAAGACUGUAACAUGUCUAGUUCUGACAUGUCAGAGGAAGUUAUCACCCCCAGCAGCUCUCAGACCGAGUCUACCGAAGAAGCCAAACCGUAUGAAUUCCCUGAAGGCAUCUUCGAUGACCCAGAUCAUGACAUUUUUGAGGAUUCUCCCGAAGUUAUGGGUGGCAAGAGAAUACCACGGGUCCUUGUCCCAAGCGAGCUUUGGGCUGAAGCUGUUGAAAAAGAUACGUGGCGCGAGACCUUUUAUGUCCCCGCGAGUAUGGGCGGUGUCUUGAUCGGACGUUUCGGAAAAAAUGUCCGUGAACUGAAGAAUCAAUGGAAUGCCGAGUUCUCUCUCAACAUGUGCCCCGGGAGACAGGACACUCUUCUCCUGAAACUGUCCUGUCCCGUAGAAUAUAAGGAAAAUGUAAUCCAUUGGAUCACUAGUAGGUUCAAAAUGCGCCCAUCGCAGACAACCAUUGGCAAUCCCAACCAAUUAAGGCGUACUCUGCCGCUCGGCGAUGUGACACCAGUCCAUGUUCGGAGCCUUUAUGGGCUGAAGGAGUUUUUCGUUACUAUAAAGGACAAGGAAUUCGACCGCUACGUAGCCAUGCAAGAAGAACUCGACAAGGACUACGCUACCCUGAGCAGCUCCCGAAUGCAGCUUUAUGAGCCGGUUACCUCUGGGACUGUGGCCGUGCUCCCGCACAAUUUCGGAUUUGCACGCGCGUUG